AUGUCUGCCGACUCCAGCCCGCUCACUGUAAUGCAGAGGCCACUGGGGACCAGCACCGCUUUCAGCAUAGACUCACUGAUAGGCAGCAACUCUGCUCCCAGCGCCGGGCACUUCGUCUACACCGGCUACCCCAUGUUCAUGCCUUACCGGCCGGUGGUGCUCCCACCGCCGCCCGCUGCCCUCGCCCAGCCGUCCCUGCAGCACAGCCUGCACGCCGUGCCCCACGGCCAGCCCACUCACCCUCACCCUCACUCUCACCCCGUCGGCAACCUGGCCGGCUCGCUGGCCAACGGCUUCUGCACCAGCCUGGGACAGGGCAUGGCCGUCACCACUCUGAUGGCCACUCUGCCGGGCACCGGGGAAGGCAGCCGCAGUUUCCCCGCCGGUCAGCAGCAGCAGCACCAGCAGCAGCAGGAGCCGGCCGCGCGGAAAUUCCUGCAAGCCGCCCUGGGCAGCCCGGACAAGGCGGAAGGCGGCCGGCAGCAAGACGGGGAGGAAGCCAAAGCGUUCCUGUGCAAAGACAGCUCGUCUGUCUCCUUCCCUGUGGCCGAGACGGUGCACGCAGUGAUCGGUGCUGUCACCUCCGGCAGGGCGCCAGGGAAAGACGAUUUGAAAGCAGCGGAUGAUGACUGCCGGAGCAAGGAGGAGAGCUUCUCGAUGGACAGUGAUCUCGACUACAGCUCCGACGAGAACGGCGCGGCGCCGGCGCUGCACAAGAGCGAGGACGCGUGCCCGGCUCUGGGAGAGGAGAGCACACACGGCCACACCGCGGGCCCGCUCAACCCCGCGGCGGGCGGCGGCGGCGGCGGCAGCAAGAACAGAAGGAGGCGGACGGCAUUCACCAGCGAGCAACUCCUGGAGCUGGAGAAAGAGUUCCACUGCAAGAAGUACCUGUCCCUCACCGAGAGGUCCCAGAUCGCCCACUCCCUCAAACUCAGCGAGGUGCAGGUGAAAAUCUGGUUCCAGAACAGGCGGGCAAAGUGGAAGCGGGUGAAAGCCGGGAAUGCUAACUCCAAAUCCGGGGAACCCUCUAGGAAUCCCAAGAUUGUGGUCCCCAUACCCGUGCACGUCAGUAGGUUUGCCAUCAGAAGUCAGCACCAACAGUUGGAACAACCCAGACCUUAA